AUGCCGCCCAAGGGUAGGAAAGCGCCCAAGACCGAUGUCGACAAGAUGAGGGACCAGAUCACCGACUUCAGCGAGCAGAAUACCCUCUCGAAGAUCCAGGAGCGCAUCGAGGCCCAUCCGGAGUACAUCCCGAAGGCGCUGGAAGUCGUCCAGAUGCUUGAGUCGACAAACAAAUACAGCAAGCUCGAGUCGGGAUAUGUCAAAGACCUUUUGGGCUCGCUGUACGGUCCAGAGUGGGCCCAGUGGUUGUCUGGUGUGCGCUGCAGCAAGAAGGAGCUGAACUGCCUGUUCAAACUCCUGAGUGGCAUAGCUCCGGAAAGUGCACUCCCUGGACGAGGCAAGGCCAGCAUCCUUGCAGAGGUGAUGAUCGGCCCGCCGUGGCAGUCGAUCAUCGUCGAGAAGGGCGUUCCCUCUGCGAGCCAGUCGACCCUCCCGAUGGAGUUUUGGCAGUCGUACGGCUGGUGGGCGCUCUCCGAAGUCGACGAGUCGUAUUGGAUCACCCACAUCUCCGGGAAGAAGAAGAAGGUUCCUGCAGAGAUGCAGGUCUUCAACCUGGGCUUGAAGAAUCCUGGGGACUUGGAAAACUGCCAAGUCGGGGAAGGCCGCAUCUGGGUCAACGUGCUGAGUCUCUUCCAGGAGGACGAAGGCGACCAAGUCGACAUGCCCAAGGUUCGCAAAGAAAUGCCACGAGCGUGA